AUGGCUGGCACAAUGAGGGCAGUUGAGAUCAAAGGUGGCAAGGGCGAGCUCGACGCCUUGUACAUCAGCCCCGAGGCGCGCAAGCCCGUACCCGCCGAGGGCCAGGCCAUUGUCAAGAUCAAGGCGUUUGGCAUCAACCGCAUGGACAUUAUCCAGCGCCGCGGCCUCUACCCCUUGCCCCCGCAGGCGCCGGCCACGCUCGGCGUCGAGUUCUCCGGUGUCGUCGAGUCCUUUGGCCCCGGCGACCACGGCAACUUCAAAACCGGCGACGAGGUGUUUGGCCUGGCAUACGGCGGCGCCUAUGCCGAGUUCAUCGCCGUCAGCUCCAAGAUGCUGCUCCACAAGCCCAGCCACCUGAGCUUUGAAAAGGCCGCCGCCCUCCCCGAGGCGUGGAUCACGGCCACGCAGGCCCUGCACCUCGUGCUGGGCUUCACCGAGGGCAAGUCCAUCCUCUGGCACGCCGGCGCUUCCGGCGUCGCCACGGCCGGCAUCCAGCUCUCCAGGGCGGCGGGCGCCUCCGCCAUCUACGCGACCGCGGGCACCGACGACAAGUGCAAGUACGUCGUCGACACGGUCGGCGCGACGGCGGCCUUUAACUACAAGACGCAAGACUGGGCUGAAGAGGUUAAAAAAGCGACUGGCGGAAAGGGCGUGGAUUUCAUCGUCGACUUUGUCGGCGGCAGCUACUUUAACCAGAACCUGGAUGCCGCCGCGCGCGACGGCCGCAUAGUCAUGCUGGGCACGUUGGGCGGCGCCAAGGUCCCCGAGGCCCAGAUUGGCCCGAUCCUGUACAAACGCAUCCGCAUCGAGGGCAGCACCCUGCGCAGCCGCGACGAGGACUAUCAGGGCAAACUGCGGGACCGCCUGGAGCAGUACCUGCCUGAUUUUGACUCGGGCAAGCUCAAGGUUGUCAUUGACACGGUAAUGCCGUGGGAGCAGAUCCAGGACGCGCACCGCUACAUGGAAGACGGCAAGAACUCGGGCAAAAUUGUGUGCACAAUUGGUCACUGA